GACGUCACGUCCAAGCAAACGACGCGACACGCACUGGGUUGCUGUAGAGGGUCGCACAUUGCGGUAGAAGAUAGUCACAAACACUGAGCACUGACGGAGUUUCCUGCCCUGCAGACGUUGCUGUUUUUUACUAAACGCCGGGAUACUGUUCGUUUUAAAGUAAUUGUUGCACCAAAAGAUGAAUUUUGAGCAGCCCCCUCCAUACCCAGGCAAUGGCCCAACUGCUCCAGGCUACCCAGCCCAACAGGGCUACCCUCCUCAGGGUUAUCCUGCACAGGGAUACCCUGUGAACAUGGAGCAGCCUAAUCCAGCUUACCCUAACUACCCUGCGGGACCAAUGGGCCCUGGAGGUCCUUAUCCUGGCCCCGGACAGCCUCCGUAUCAGGGAUACCCUGGACAACCACAGUUUGGCUGGCAGGGUGGACCCCCUCCUGGACCUAUGUAUGGGGAGGCUCCUAAAAACACAGUGUAUGUGGUGGAAGACAGGAGAAGGGACGACACAGGAGACACAUGCCUGACAGCCUGCUGGACAGCUCUGUGUUGCUGCUGUCUCUGGGACAUGCUGACAUAACGCUAUUCCCCAACUGUUCACCCCCAUUACCCUCUUGCCCCCAUUUCUGUGCCUCGAACCCCAUCACCCCCUUCCCCCCGUCUGCCUUAAACCUCGCAACUACCCUCCCAUUUCCUCUACAAGUCCUGUACUCGUUCAAAAAUGAAAGCCUUGAUCCCAUAUGGAAGCCUCUUCCCAGAGCCACUCACUCUACCGUGAUGUGAAGGCCUCAGCACUGACUGACUAAACUGUUCAGGGUUACGCUGUUGCAGCUUGUAACUGAGCUUCUAAACUUAACCUGAAUCUCAGGCUCUACACUGAAACUGUGCACCUACACCUAACAGACACACACACCAAAGUAGAUACACAACACGCAUGCAUACAGUAUACUUGGAUCUCAGGCUCAUCUGGCGUGAUGCUCUUUGGCACUUUAUGAUCAUUACCUCUGUAAGAUAACACUCCUGCCUGCCCCCCUCAACCAUCUCCAGCUCUCCCUAACCCUCCCUUCAGCUAUGCUGUCUACAAUGCCCAAGGACUACCCCCUUAUUUCUGGACACCAUACCCAAAGGCCACCAAGACCCUGGCUGCUAAUGAGCCACGGGGUGCUCUUAAGAUGCUGAUGCUUGAAAUGUAUCCCUUUAAUUUGCACACAAGUUGUUUUUGCAAAUGUCUGUCUUCAGGUAGAAUCAUACGACAAUAAAUGGAAUGCAUUUUUAAAGACGACAGUGAUUUAUGUUUGAUUACUGUUAACAUUUGAUGGCCACAAUGUUUGUUUUUUUUUCUUGCUUAUCUUGAUGUGAAAAAAUGAUUCUAAUAUUACUUUUAUUAUCUACCUUGGAAAUAAAACUUAAAAUGUGAGAAAAAAAAUGAGGUUGUGAUUGCUAAACGUAUGAAAACCAAUUUACCCAUUAGAUGCAAUUUGCUUUAGAUGAGUCUUGCAUUAAAAUAAUUUAUUGCCAUUA